AUGAAGGAAGCCAUCGUUGACCCCGAUCUUACCGUCUCUAUCCGCGACACCGCCAUCCCGGUCCCUGAACCAGGUCAACUCCUCAUUCGGGUUGUGGUAUCCGGCACCAACCCGAAGGACUGGAAAAUGCCCCGCAUUUUUACGAAACAGUCCAGCAACCCCGGAGAUGAUAUUGCUGGGUACGUCGAGGCCGUUGGAGAUGGCGUGGUCGGCUUCAGAAAGGGCGACAGAGUGGCAGCGUUCCAUCAGAUGAUGACUCCAGGCGGGAGUUACGCCGAAUAUGCAAUCGCCUGGGAGGAUACGACUUUCCAUAUUUCGGAGAAAACAGGGUUUGAAGAGGCUGCUACGCUUCCCUUGGCUGCAAUGACAGCUGCUCUCGGAAUGUACCAGAUCCUCAAUCUGCCACUACCCUGGAACCCAACCAGCGAGCCACUUCCUCUGGUCAUUUAUGGUGGCGCUACAGCCGUUGGAGCCUUUGCGCUGAAGUUUGCCAAGCUAUCGAACAUCCACCCUCUCAUUGUAGUGGCCGGCAAGGGUAGCGCCUUCGUCGAGACGCUCAUCGAUCGCACCAAGGGCGACACGAUUAUUGACUACCGCGAAGGCAACGAAGCCGUUCAAACCAAGAUCAAGGCGGCUGCGGGUGGAAAACCGAUCCAUCACGCGUACGAUGCGGUCUCCGAGAAAGGCAGCUAUAUGAAUCUGAGCGGAUCAUUGACCGCACCGGGCAAGAUCACCGUGGUGCUCCCGCCCAAGGAAGAGGACCAGAUCGCCGAGGGAAUCACAGUCGAGCGGACCUACGUAGGAUCGGUGCAUAAUCCACCCGCAGCGGGGAAGACCAUUGGAGAUCGCGAGUUUGGUGCCGCCUUCUUCUCGCUUAUGGGGCGGGGUUUAGCUCAGGGGUGGUUCACGGGACAUCCGUACGAAGUGCGCCCGGGUGGACUGGGUGGGCUCCAAGGGGCACUGCAGGACCUGGAAGCCGGUAAAGCGUCCGCUGUGAAGUAUGUAGUUCGAAUUGCGGAUACCGCGGGCGUGCCGUAG